UCGAUCUUAGAGCAAACAGAACGAAACAAAGCUCCAUUCUCAGAGGAAAGGAUCAAUGGUUUCCUUCUAUCUGACUCCCUUGUAGAAUUGUGUUGGUAUCCGGGGUUCUUUUACCUCUUCUUCUCAUUCCCACUAAUGAUUUCAUAGGUCUUACGAUUUCUAGAGCUUUUAUUCUACUUGUUCGAUCGCCGAGCGUGUUGAUUUUCGCAGUUUCGCUCAACCUUUUUAUUUUUCUCGUUUUUGUUUCGUUGAUUUUAUUUCGAAUUUUGGUAGGUUUUGGAGUCUUUUCUCUGCACUUUUAUGGCGAGAGAGCUGCUCGAGUUGUUUGAAGCCGCGAAGAAGGCCGCAGAUGCUGCGGCCGUGGAGGAGUCUCCAGCUGAAGAAUCUCGGUGCCUCGAUGCAUUGAAGCGUCUCAAGAGUUUUCCCGUGACUAAGCAAGAUCUUAUCGAUACUCAGAUUGGUAAGCGUGUUCGGAAUCUCAAGAAACAUCCUAGAGAGAAGAUUCAGGCUCUGGCAUCUGACUUGAUUGAGAUAUGGAAAAGAGUAGUCCUUGAGGAAUCCGCUAAAAACAAGCAAAAUGGAGCCUCAGAUAACAAAGAAUCUCCAAAGGCUGAAGUUGCAAAGUUGGAGCCUGUUAAGGCUGAGAAAGUCCAAAAUCCGGAAUCUAUAAAGGUUGAGAAGACUGAGAAAGCUGAGCGGGGUGAGACACUAAAGUCCGAGAGGAUGGAAAAGAUUUCCAGGGCAGGAUCUUUCAAGACUGAGAAGAGGGAGGCUGUUAAGGUUGAAAAGAUUGAUGGGGUUGAGAAUGCUAAGAUUGAAAAGUUAAGCAAGGAGGAAAAACAAGCUUCUGGAAUUAAGAAACCAUUGCAAGCUUCUAAUGGCCCUCCCAAGCUGACCACGAUGAUCAAAAGUAAUGAUGCCAUGCGUGACAAGAUCCGGGAUAUUCUUGCAGAGGCCUUUUCCAAAGUCUCCACUGAGGCUGAUGAAGAUGUUAGAGAUGAAGUAGAUGCUUGUGACCCAAUACGCGUAGCCAUCUCUGUUGAGUCUGUACUGUUUGGAAAAUGGGGCCGUUCUAAUGGUGCACAUAAGGUGAAGUAUAGAUCUAUAAUGUUCAACAUCAAUGAUCCAAAGAACCCUGAUUUUCGAAGAAGAGUCUUGCUCGGACAGGUCAAGCCAGAGAGCCUUCUUUCUAUGACACCCGAAGAAAUGGCAAGUGAUCAAAGGAGGCGUCAAAAUGAACAAAUCAAGGAAAAAGCUUUAUUUGAAUGUGAGCGUGGGGGCCCCCCAAAAGCCACAACUGAUCAGUUCAAAUGUGGUCGUUGUGGGCAGAGGAAGUGCACUUACUAUCAGAUGCAGACCCGGAGUGCUGAUGAACCGAUGACAACCUUUGUAACAUGUGUAAAUUGCAACCACCAUUGGAAGUUCUGUUAGUAGGUUGUCUUUCUGAGGGUCGCUGCCAUCCCAAUUUUGAACAGAUUUAACUUUGAUUUUGAGCUAAGAAUAAGAAGCUCCAUCUUUUAUUCUUGUAAAUUCUAUUACUUUUUUUUAUGCAUUCUGUGUGCAUCUAAUCUUUGAUACCCCCCCCAGGAUGAGAGAACCUAACAAACUUGAGUUGUUCAGUAUACUAUACUUGAUUAAUC